CAAAGUUGUCUACAAAUUACAUGGAAACGUGUUUGACAACCCUCAUUUGAUAUUAACAAGUUUGAGGUGAUUGGAAGACGAUAAUAAUCAAGUGUACAUCUGUAGGCUGGUAUAGAGAUCAAAGGGUAUUAAUUUGGAUCCUACUGACACAGCAGUAGAGGUUCCAGCAUGGGAAAGCUGCUCAGUAUACUCAUGAACAAUGAGGCCCAACCACGAGAGAGUGACUUCUUCGUUGACUUCGAAAGUGCUGAACCCACAGAGAGUGAACAGCAUGUGUACAAUCUGGUGGAGGCAGUAUUACAGGAUGCACAAGAAAUACUCAAAGAACUUCGAGAAUAUAAGGGGGCUUCAGAAGACAUUAGAAUGGCAAUAUCUAACCCUAAGAAUGAGGAAUAUCAGGAGAAAGCAUGGUUGGGUGUGCGGCCUUUGGUCUGUCAGCUCAAGAUGUUUUACGAGUUCUCUUUGAAGCUGGAAAAUGUUCUUCCCGAACUGCUGCGAGAACUUUGUUCUGAAAAUAUGACACCCCGAGAACAUUUGGAAAGCCAGCAAGCCCUCUUCAAGCAAUUUGCUCUUGUUCUCGAUUUCGUACUCACGUUUGAUGAUCUUAAGGAAAACAAUGAUGAAGACUUGGAUGUUUCUAAUGAGAUGGCAAACCGAAUGUCUCUGUUUUAUGCCCAAGCCAAUCCCAUGUUGAAAACAUUGAGUGACUCCACCACUAAAUUUGUGUCUCAGAAUAAGGAUCUGCCAGUAGAGCAAACCACUGAUGUUCUUAGCACCAUGGCAAACAUCUGCCGAAUGAUGAUUGAAAAUGGGCAGUAUAGUUCUCGAUUUCAAAAUGAAGAAACCAAGAUGUUCUGUUUGAGAGUGAUGGUUGGAGUAAUAAUCCUGUAUGACCAUGUUCAUCCAGUUGGAGCCUUUGCCAAAACGUCAAAUAUUGAUAUCAAAAGUUCCAUUAAAGUUUUAAAAGAACAAGGGCCACAGAAAGUUGAAGGCUUGUUAAAUGCUUUAAGAUAUACAACAAAACAUUUGCAUGAUGAAACAACAUCACGACAGAUAAAGAGUUUACUUGCAUGACCUGCGAGUUUAAGUAUGCAUAUGGUCAGAGAUGUUUCCAUGCUGCUGAUUUUUUAAGACUGGAAUGAUGUGCCUGGCAGUUACUAUGUUCAAAUGGACGUGUGACCAACUAAAGACAGGUCUGCUGUUUGACAAAUCUCACAGACAAAGAUCUGUGAACCUAUCUGGCAGCUGUAUUGUCAUCCUGGCAGUAUAGACAGCAAAGUAGUUUUGUGUGUAUAACUUUCACAUAUAGACAUUUGUACAAUUCCAGGUGUAAAAGAAAUAUUGGAUACUGUGCCUAAAAACAUCUAAUCUUAUUUUAAUAUAAUUAUGUACAUAUAUUAAUUUGAAAAAGCCAGAAAAAAACAACUUUUUUUUAAUUUGUAUUGUAGUGAUUAGAAACAACUAAAUUAGUGAAAAUAAUUUAGGAAACAUUGACAAUUUGUCCAUGUAUUGUACUUAAAGGUUUAUUGUGUUAAAUACUACUAUGUGAAUUGGGAAUACUAAUGGCUCUCUAAUGCUUCCAUAUUGGUCCAGUCACUUGUGAAUAGAAAAUAUUAACCCUGAAAAUAGCUUUGUUUUCAGUACAUGCACCUAUCAAGUUCGACAAUGAAGAGUCAUAUAUAAGCCUGUUAAAUGAUAAUGAAUUGUUUAGUGAAGCUUUCUGUAGAAUUAAUUGCAGUCCCAACUUCCAUUUAUGAGCUAUUUUAGCAUUCCAGACAAAGACCAACAUUUAGGUGACAGGUCCGCAUCUGGUUAGCUUUAAGCAUUCAUGUACAUUGUAUUCCGUAAAUAAAUGUUUAGAGCUUCGUGUUCUCACAAUCCAUUCUCUUUACACCAAAAAUGUUCUUUUCUACCAGUAUAUUAAAUGCCUCAUGACAAUAAGUGUACAAGUUUGCCCAGGUAAAAUGUUAAGACUGAUUUCACAGUGAAAACUUCUUUCGAGUAUCUGUCAAAUGGCCACUUGUCACUGGUUCAGAGUUGGUUUAAGAAGCGUUUUUAUUAUACGUCUUGUAGCAUUGACUUGUAGCAACUCUAAUCAUAUCUUGUGGGAAGAUGGUGCAUCAUUAUAUUCCGUGACAUCAAACAAAGCUUGUCAGUUUAAACAUAUUUUGCUGGAAAUACAAGUGCAUGCAAAUUUGCAUUGAAAUAAAAAAAAAAACAUGAAUGUACAAAAUGAACUGAUGGUAUUAUGUAAUAAGACAACUGUUGAUCACAUUUUUGACAAUUUAUGGACCUACAUGUAUCUACCGUAGAUAUUUUGCUUAGUGACAAAACUCUAUGUUUGUACCUUAAUGUGAUUUGAUUGGCUGAGAGCUUGCGAUUUGUAGUAAGGAAUAGAACAUGUUCUAAUCAUUACAAAUCUGACACAACUUGUAGUACAAGAAUAAUAUUGUUAUGAUUUAGGUGUUCUCACUGUACGCUUCAACCAUAUGUUACAAGUCUGUGCGACAAUUUGCUAAAUGAGAACACACCUUUACAUGAAACAGAUUAUUCUUUCUUAGGCUGUUUAAUACUCAUUUUAGUGGGUUUUCUUACAAAGUGACAUUAAGAUUUAAUUGUCAAUCCGGUUUAAAAAACUUCAAAUUAUGAUUUUGAUGUGAUGAAUGAAUUUUUGUUUCAUUUUGAGUGAGAAGUGUGUGUAAGUGUGUGUGUGUGUGUGUGUGUGUGCGUGUUAUCAUUCCUGAUCCCAAAACCUAAGGGUUGAAUUUACUAAGUCUGUUUUUCUUUGUCUCACCUUUACAAAGUAGAAAGGAGAGAUGUAGGUAUUACUUUUUGUAACGGUGAUAACAGCGUGAACUUUUGCAUUUACCUCAAAGAUCAAACAUGCAUUGUAAAUAGGCCCUAUAUGUCAUGUGUCUUAUGUAAAGUGGUUAAUUGAUUCUUUUGCUAUAGACUGUUAAGAGUUUUUAUUUGCAAAGAAUGAAAUGGAAUUGAUCAGUGAAUGAAUGGAUGUUUAACGACACUCCAGCACAAAAAUAGAGGUCGGCUAUUGGGUGUGAAACAAGGUUUUGCUAUAGUAAGUCUAGAAUAAUAAACAAUUUGCCAGUUAUUAUCAACUUUAUGUUUCUAAGUGAACUAAUUUUCACUUGUCACAAGCUUUAGUCGGUUGAGUGCUUGCUUGAGGUACUUGCAUCGCAGGAUCGAACCCCUUCGGUGGAUCCAUUCAACUGUAGGAAAAAUGUAAUGAUGACUGAUGACUAUGUGUCAGAAUGACCAAAUGUUUGACAUCCAAUAGCAGAUGAUUAAUUAAUCAAUGUACUCUAGUGGUGUCAUUAAACAAAACAAACUUUACCUUUAGUGAGUGACAAAUGAACAUUACAAACUUUAUCAUAACUGGUACUAAGUAUAUUCUGUUUAUUACAGGUUUUUCUCCUUUUUUUUACUUUACAUUAUUUUUUUUUUUUUUUUUUUUUUUUUUUUUUUUUUUUUUUAUUUUUUUUUUUUAGAGCUAUUUAUUAAUAUUAUAAAGUGAAGUUAGCUUAUUCAGUUUAAACCAGAAAUAGCUUACUAUCAUUAAUGUUGUUUUAAAAUAUCUUUUAUUACAAAUUUAACACUGAAAACAGACAUGUAAACGCAUUCUUUAAAAUUAUGAGACAUUUUUAGCUUUUGUCAAAUCAUAAUGAUGUCAUAUUCAGUACCGGUAGUAAUAAGAACAUUGAUUAUAAGUGCUAAGUCAUACAUACCCAUGGCUGAUAUUUUCUCAGUGAGAAGAUAAAAAAUAUGAAGAAAAAAAAUUCCGUUGUAAUAAUAAAACAUAUGUAACCAGAAAAGGUUGUCAUGUAUCAUGUGUAAUAAUUAACAGUGAUACAGUGCAGUUACUUUGCAAACUAAUAUUACCAGAGGUCUAAUUCACAAGACUUGCAGCUGGGCUAUCUCAUAGUGCAAUGCAGAUAGAUAAAUAACUGUUUUAACAUGCCCAUAUACCACUAGGGUUUCAAACACGCCCAUCCCGAGUCUGACCUCUGAUAAGAUCAGUGGCCUGACUCGGGAAGGGGGGGGGGGGGGGG